UCAAUUUCAGUCCGGUUUCGGCACGGUGGUUUCACGCGCUCUGUUACGUGGCGAGACGACGAGACGAGUUGUACGUGCAAAACCAGUGCUCCCUAUUCCCCAGUCCGUUUCAGCCGUCUCUCGCAAAAUUGGCGCGAAAUCUCUCUUCCCCUCUCUCUGUCGGUUCUCUAGGGUUUCGAUAAAGCAGAAGUAUCUUUCAGGAGUUUUGGUCAUGGUUUCUCCUCCUCAUUUGAAGCGUCGUCGUAAGGAACAGAAUGAAGCUGAAUCAGCCGGCGCUUCUAUUCAGAAGAUCUCACCUCUCGUUGUUCUUGCUCAUGGCGCUGGAGCUCCUUCCACUUCAGAUUGGAUGCUGAGAUGGAAGGAAAUGCUUGGCAAGUCAUUGGACGCUGUUGAAGUAGUUACAUUUGAUUAUCCUUACAUCUCUGGAGGGAAACGGAGAGCACCUCCCAAGGCGGAGAAGUUGGUCGAGUUCCACUCUGAAGUUAUCAAAACGGCAGUUGCAAAAUUUCCCGGGCACCCAUUGAUUUUGGCAGGGAAGUCCAUGGGUUCAAGAGUGAGCUGUCUGGUGGCAGGUCAGGAAGACAUUGAUGCUUCUGCAAUAGUUUGCUUAGGCUACCCACUAAAGGGUAUGAAUGGUGCAGUUCGAGAUGAGACACUACUUCAGCUUAAAACUCCUGUGAUUUUUGUACAGGGUAGCAAAGAUGGGCUGUGUCCACUGGACAAACUCGCUGCCGUUCGUGAGAAGAUGAAAUUUGCCAAUGAAUUGCAUGUGAUUGAUGGAGGGGAUCAUUCCUUCAAGAUCGCUAAAAAACACCUACAGUUGAACGGAUUGACCCAAGAUGAAGCUGAGGAUCAAGCUAUUAAGGCAGUAGCAGAGUUUGUUCACAGAACUUUGGGCGCCUGAGGUGGAUGAGAAUGAUACUUUUUGGGAAAUAUGGCGUCCUGCGUUGUGCCUAAUCUGUCCAAACCAGAUGUGUGCUUAGCGUAUUUGGCUCUGUUUCUUGUUCAGUUUCUUAGUGUGUAUUGUAAUGUUAAAGUUAAGUUUCCUUGAUUCGGGGUUUUAUAUAAGAAACGUAAAUCUUUAUCUGUAAUCUCUUGAAACUACUCCCUAAUCGUGGACCAGGGUUUAAAUAUACUAAACCGAAUGGUCCUUGUCGACUCCAAUUUACGUAGAAGGAUCAGAUCAGAAUGGCCAAGCAAUCCGACUGAUCGAUCCUGAUUCUUGAAACCUUGUUUUGGACCCUAGUUACCGUACAAAUUUGGAUCAAAAUUGACCACGCCCGAUUCUUGAAAUACCAUGUGGACCGUAACAUUUCAACUCAGUGGGUUGCAGAUUCAUGGAUCAAGGUGUCGGCAUGUAUGGGCUGAUAUGUAUCAGUAUCGCUCGGACAAGAGAGGAGAUUGAAUCACCUAAGAGUGGACUAGUAUAUUUGUAAUGAGGAUCUUCUCAAGAACAAUAUGAAAGAUGAGGACAAACGACUAUAACUAUAUUAUACAUCAAUAAUAAAGUAGCAGAUCAUUUUAUCGUGGA